AUGCUGCAUCUCAUGUCUCAAUUUCCAUCACAUGACCUCACAAAUUUAGUGAUAUAUGUUAAACCAAUAAAUAAUUUGUCGAAGAUUGGAAAUCAGUCCGCAGACGAUGCGGGUUGGGGCGGCGGCGUAGGAAACAGCCGCGGCGGUGCAGGCAACGAUGGCGGCUGUACAGGCUACAACCGCGGCGGUAGAGGCAACAACCGCGGCGGUUGGGGCCGCAACCGCGGCGGCAUGGUCAACAACCGCGGCGGUACGGGCAACAACGGCGGCGUCACAGGCAACAACGGCCGCGUAAACAAACGCGGCGGCCUCGGAAAUUACCGCGAAAAAACCGCGGAAUUAGGCAAGGGGCAUAGGAUAAGAAAGGCUGCAGUUGUGUCUGAAUCAGAAAGCGACACCUCUGAUGCUGAAGAUGCAGCUGUAGCAGGGCUUCCUGACCUCGUUGACUGGAAGCUAUUGAGGUCCAAUUUCGGCCUCAACGUAAGAGCUACUACUAGCGGAUGUGUGGCUGAAGCUCAAUCGCAUGGGAUGGAAGCUGUUCCAAUGGAGUGGAGGCUCUUCCAAGCAGACGACGGGAAGCUGCUUGCAAUUGAAUUUUUUUUAAAGAAGUACAGAUGCCCAAAGAGCGUUUCUUGA